AUGCAGUUCAAGAGCAUUACUGCCACCCUUCGAUGCGAACUCGCGGCACAAAAGACGGAAAGCGAAGUCAACAGAAGCAUCAUCGAUGGACUGCGACAGACCAUUAGGGAGAAAAAUGCCAGCAUCGAAAGCCUCAGGGAAGUCAUCAAGCUGCAAGAACAAGCAUCUAUCAACAGAAAUGACCCAAUAGUCUCCAAUAAUAUCGACGACUCUGACGGCUCCGAUGACUCCGAUAAUUCCAGCGACUCAGAGGAUUCCUACGACUCCGACGAAAAUGAGGACUCCGACAUCUCUGACGACUCUGAAUCGACCGACUUGAAAGAUUCCGAGCAUGAAAUAGAAAUAAAAAAUGAGGCAGGACGGCACACAUUGAGGGAGAUCAUUAAGAAUAUGAAAGUUAAACUUAAUGAUUUCAAGAGGCAGAAGGAAGAAAUGAGUGCACUGUCUAUGAUCGGUCUCUUAAUCCGGCAUCGAUUGAUAACUUCCAGCUUGCCAGGAUCUGUCCAAAAUCCUUCAAUCCCUAAGAAACGUUUCAAAGAGCAUGGCAAUUUUGCUGCACAUGGUCCAAACCCAGUUGCAGAUGCAUUUGCUGUUCUUCAUCCGUCCCUGCUCGAGUACAGGGAAAGCUUCUCGGAACACUACAAGGAUAUCUAUGGUAUUGAACCUAGCGUCAUCAUUGCCAAGUCAUCAUUUUACAGUUUUGUUCGACUGGUCAACAUACAUGGCAGCUUCAGACUUUAUUUGCCUCUAGACUUGAAGUCUGCGAGGAACUUGAACCAUGAGCAGCUGCAAUGUCGAGUGGCUUUACUUAUUUUUAAGGUACACCCGCAGAAAAAGCUUAAGAAUGAUGUUGAGUGGGCUGCGGAUGCUAAAGUAUGCAAGGAGCUUGAAGAGUUGAACGAGAUCAAAUGUCAACUUUACGCUGAUAAAAGAAAACUUAAUCGGCACCAUAGAUAA